GUCUGGGUUACUUUUAAUAGGAGAACAUGAAGGACGGGUUCCAGAACUUGCACAAGUAAUCAGUUUGGGAAUUCUGUAUAUGUUGAUCUUCCUCGUUCUUUUUUGUUCACUUCACUGUCAGUUGCAGAAACAAAUUCAACCUCGUAUACAAACUUCAUUCAUCCCAAUAACAUUCAUCAUCAAGAUAAAUCAUCACAAACUAUCAUCCCAUCAAUUAUUGUCAUCACACGCCAUCAUCAUUUUAUCAUUCAUUGUCAUUAUUGAAUUUUCAUCCGUCAUCACAUAUUAUCUCUCAUAUCAUCAUCACAAAUUAUCCAAUCACCAUAUAUCAUACUAAUCAUCCAUCAUCACAUAAAGAUCCAAUCAGUCAGAAUCAAUCAUAAACACGUAUAAUAGUGGGC